AUGAAUGCCAUUGCCGAGACCUAUCUGGGUACGACUUUGAAUAAGCGAGCAUUGCAAAUGCUUGGCGAUAUAUUACGAUCGAAUGUGAACAAGCUGUUGGUGGAAGCCGUCAAAUAUUGUAGGCACACUCGAGCCACACAACUAACCGUAGACCACGUGCAACAGGCUCAAAUCGAGAUGGGCUGCAACCUCUAUAUGCUACACAUUGAUUUCGACUGCGAGGAGAUCGAAGAUCGGAAUAUAGUCAAAAUUGUGCUGUCCCAAUUGGCCAUCUUUAUUUCCGAGGGUAUUCGGGUUAAUAUCAAGGAAAACAACUUUAUCAUCUUGACGCAUUUGUUGCGCUUGGUCGACGGUUUGAUGCGCAAUCGCUAUAUCAACCUAAAGCCCUAUAUGCAUCUCAUUUUGCCGGGAGUGGUGUCUUGUGUUGUGGCCAAUCAGAUUUCUGCUUUUCCCUCAGUUGAGGAUCAUUGGGCUACAAGGGAAUUUGCCGCCAGUCUCACAAUGAACUUUAUUCUCCACUUUGACAGCGAUGAGCAGUCUAUUGAGAAGAAAGUUCUCAAAAUAUACUUGAAUGGAUUGGAGAAGCCGAUGUCGUCGUUAACAACAAUUUAUGGCUGCAUUGUCGGCAUUAGCAAAUUCGGCAAGUGUGUCUUCUAUAAGUAUGUUACGCCAAGAAUCGCCUUUAUUUCGGAUCGUAUUGAACCCUUUCUGCAAGACGAAUCGUUGGAGAAGAGUGACUUGCGACGCAUGGCUGCCAACCAAAUACGGCUUCGCAUCGCGAUGGAGUGUGCUCCGAUUUUGAAAUAUCAAUUUGCAACUAGGGCUGAUUAUCCUGAGGUUGGUUUCAAUGAACGCUUAUAUUAUGAGGAGAAAUACAAAUAUGUGGGUAAAUCGAUAUAUCAGGCUGUUAUAUUCAGUCGCAUGCAAGAUGAUGUCUGUGAUUUAGUUCGAGCAGAAGUAUUGGAAAAAAAACCAUUCUAUUCAGAAUUAAUAUGCCAAAAAAUUAUUCUCAAUAACUAAAAAUUAAACAUAAUAUAAUAAAUCUUAACAU